CACAUCGACCAAGUAAAACAAGAAGAAGUGAAGUGAGCAGCUGCUCGGAGCGCGGCGUUUCCUUCUCUCUUUUGGAGGUGUUUUCCGGUCCCGUCCUCACCGGGAGGAGACUCGGUCGAUGCCGGAUUCAGCCGACAGAAAGAUGGAAAAACAACGCACGAGGAAAGAAAAGUUCUCUCUGUUUGGUUCUCGCUCCGCCGGCAGGACCACCAACCCUCCCUCCUCCAUCUCCUCCACCUCCUCCUCCUCCCCCCCUGUGAUCCCUUCGUCCCAGCAGGAGAAAAGGGCCGAACUCCCCCCCGCGGCCCCCGCCCCGUCCGGCCUCAGCAAAGCCGAGUUCCUGGAGCGCGUGCGGCGCAGUAACCAGGCCUGCCAGCAGGGGGAGUACGCCGAGGCCGUGCGUCUCUACGGCGAGGCGCUCACCGCCGACCCCCAGAACUGCAUCCUGUACAGCAACCGCUCCGCCGCUCACCUGCGCCUGGGCCAGUACAGCACCGCCCUCGACGACGCCAUCAAAGCACGCCUCAUCAACCCCAAGUGGCCCAAGGCCUACUUCCGUCAGGGGGUCGCCCUGCAGUACCUGGGUCGUCAUGCCGACGCCCUGGCGGCGUUCGCCUCCGGCCUCGCCCAGGACCCCAAGAGCCUGCAGCUGCUGGUGGGCAUGGUGGAGGCCGCCAUGAAGUCCCCCCUCAGAGAAUCCCUUGAGCCGACCUACCAGCAGCUGCGGAGGAUGAAGCUGGACAAGAGCCCGUUCGUGGUGGUGUCCGUCGUGGGUCAGGAGCUGCUGACCCACGGUUUCCACGGCGCCUCGGUGGUGGUGCUGGAGGCGGGGCUUAAGAUCGGCACCUGCUCCCUGAAGCUGCGCGGCUCCGUCUUCUCGGCGCUGAGCUCCGCCUACUGGGCUCUGGGCAACGUGGAGAAGAGCGUGUUGUACAUGCAGCAGGACCUGGAGGUGACCAAGACCUUAGGGGACCAGCCGGGGGAGUGCCGCGCUCACGGGAACCUCGGCUCCGCCCUCUUCUCCAAAGGCAGCUACAGAGAAGCUCUCGCCAACCACAGGAACCAGCUGGUGCUCGCCAUGAAGCUCAAGGACAGGGAGGCGGCGUCCGGCGCCCUCAGCAGCCUGGGUCACGUGUACACGGCCAUCGGCGACUUCCCCAACGCGCUGGCGAGCCACAAGCAGUGCGCGCUGCUGGCGCAGCAGACCGGCAGCCGGCUGCACGAGGCCCGGCAGCUGGGCAACGUGGGCGCCGUCUACACGGCGCUGGGCGACUUCGCCAACGCCGUGCGCAGCCACGAGCAGCACCUGGACAUCGCCAAGUCUCUGGAGAACCGGCGCGAGGAGGCGCGGGCCUACAGCAACCUGGGCAGCGCCUUCCACUCCCAGCGGGACUUCGACAAGGCCGUCUCGUACCACGGCCGGGUGCUGCAGCUGGCCCAGGAGCUGGGGGACCGGGCCAUCGAGAUGAGGGCCUACGCCGGGCUGGGCCACGCCGCGCGCUGCAUGCAGGACCUGGAGAGAGCUCGUGUGCACCACCAGCACCAGCUGGAGAUCGCGGAGGAGCUGCAGGACAGAGCGGCUCAGGGCCGAGCGUCCUCCAACCUGGGCAUCAUCCACCAGAUGAAGGGCGAGUACGAGGAGGCGCUGAAGCUCCACAAGGCGCACCUGUCCCUCGCCCAGGAGCUGAGCGACCACGCCGCCCAGGGGCGGGCCUACGGCAACAUGGGCAACGCCCACCACGCGCUCGGCGUCUACGACCAGGCCGUCCGCUUCCACCGCCAGGAGCUGCAGAUCUCUGUGGAGGUGAACGACCGGCCGUCCCAGGCCUCCACGCACGGGAACCUGGCCGUGGCGUACCAGGCGCUGGGCGCCCAGGACCAGGCCCUCCAGCACUACCUGCACCACCUGGCCAUCGCGCGCGAGCUCCGGGACGCCCCCAGCGAGGCCAGGGCGCUAGCAAACCUGGGCAACUUCCACAGCUGGAGGGGCGAGUACGCCCAGGCCCUGCCCUACUAUCAGCAGUACCUGGCUCUGGCCCCCGGCCUGCAGGACCUGGAGGGGGAGGGGAAGGUUUGCCACAACCUGGGCUACGCUCACUACUGCCUCGGCCAGUACGGGGACGCCGUCAGGUACUACGAGCAGGACCUGGCCUUGGCGAAGGACCUCCAGGACAAGCUCUCGCAGGCCAAGGCCUACUGUAACCUGGGCCUGGCCCACAAAGCCCUGGGGGAGCACAAGAAGGCGGAGGAGUGUCAGAGAGGCCUGCUCUCUCUGGCUCAGGCCUUGGACAACACGCAGGCGGUGUUCAGGGCCUUCGGUAACCUUGGCGACGUGUGCGUGUGUCGGGGCGACCUGGCGGCGGCGCUGAGGUUCCACCAGCAGCAGCUGAGUCUGGCUCAGAAGGUCAGCGAUCAGAGGAUGGAGGCCGACGCCUACUCGGCCCUGGGAUCCGUCCACAGGCUGCUCCGUCAGCUGGACGCCGCCUUGUCCUUCCACAGCCAGGAGCUGACGGCGCGAAAGGACCUGGGCGAUCAGCAGGGGGAGUGCCGCGCCCUCGGCCACCUGGCGGCCGUGCACAUGGCGCUGGGCGACUACGCCACCGCCUUCCAGUGUUACCGGGCCCAGCUGGGCCUGGCGCAGGGACUCAGGGACGCCCGCCUGGAGGCGCAGGUCCACGGCAACAUGGGCAUCACCAAGAUGAACAUGGCGGUGUUCGAGGAGGCCAUCGGCUACUUGGAGCAGCAGCUGGCCACGCUGCAGCAGCUGAGCGGCACCGAGAGCGUGCUGGACCGCGGCCGGGCCUUCGGGAACCUGGCGGACUGCUACGAGGCUCUGGGGGACCACGAGGAGGCCAUUCAGUACUACGAGAAGUACCUGGCGGUGGCUCAGAGCCUGGACCACGUCCAGGACCAGGAGAAGGCCUACAGGGGACUCGGCAGUGCACACAGAUCCAUGGGCAGCCUCCAGCAGGCCUUGGUGUGCUUGGAGAAGCGUCUGGUGGUGGCCCACGAGCUGGGCGGCGAGGGGGGGGGAAAGGCCCAGGCUUACGGGGAGCUGGGCACCUUGCACAGCCAGCUGGGCAACUACGAGCAGUCGCUGUCCUGCCUGGAGCACCAGCUGAGCAUCGCCCGCGCGGCGGGGGACAAAGCCCUGGAGGCGGAGGCCAGCGAUGCACUCGGAGGCGUCUACCAGCUGAUGGCCGACCACGAGACGGCGCUGCAGUGGCACCAGAGGGCGCUGGAGAUAGCCGAGCAGACGGGGUGCGUGAGGAGCCAGGGCCGGGCCUACGGGAACCUGGGGCUGACCUACGAGGCCCUGGGCAAGUACGAGCGGGCCGUGGUCUUCCAGGAGCAGCACCUGAGUGUGGCGGCGCAGACCAGCGACCUGGUCGGCAAGACGCUCGCCUACGGGAGCCUGGGCAGGACGCACCACGCCCUGCAGAACUACGCCCAGGCCGUGAUGUACCUGCAGGAAGGUCUGCGUCUGUCGGAGCAGUUGGGUCGGAGAGAAGAUGAAGCAAAGAUUCGCCAUGGCCUCGGCCUCUCUCUGUGGGCCGGAGGGAACCUGGAGGAGGCUCAGCACCAGUUGUACAGGUCCUCCGUGCUGUUCGAGGCGAUCCGUGGGGAGACGCAGCACAGCACCGACUGCAAGCUGUCUCUGUUCGACCUGCAGACCGCCUCAAACCAGGCCCUCCAGAGGGUCCUCGUCAGCCUCGGGCGCCACGACGAGGCGCUGGCCACGGCGGAGCGGGGCCGCACGCGAGCCUUCGCCGACCUCCUGGUGGAGCGGCAGAAGGGGGGCGGGCCGACCUCCGACCCCUACGGGCCCGUCACCGUGGAGCACGUCCUGGAGACGGUGAACGGGCAGCGGAGCCUGGUCCUCUACUUCUCCCUGGCGGGGGGGUUUCUGUACAGCUGGCUGAUAUCCCCAGGGACAGGAAUCGUGAAGUUCAACGAGGUGUACGUGGGAGAAUCCGGCCUGGACAGGUUCCAGGAUCACGAUGGUGGGAGUCCGCAGGGCGGAGGAGGAGGAGGAGGAGGGGGGGGGGGUCCUCUGUCUCUGGAUCAGUACAUCAGCAACGCCAGGGAGGCUCUGGGCGUGGACAGCCGUCACAGCAGGCUGGGCUCCAGCAGCGAGACGGAGAGCGAGGCAGGAGACCUGCUGGAGCACCACCUGGAGGAGCUGAACCACGACCCCACCGGGUACCUCCGCAUGGUGUCCCGCAACAACCUCUUCAACAGAAGCUGUCAGAGCAUGACGAGCCUCUACAGCUCCACGGUGUCUCCGGCGAAAGGCGCCCUGAGCAGAGCCCCCCCCCUCCGGGCCCUGUACGACCUGCUCAUAGCGCCCAUGGAGGGGGCGCUGAUGCACAGCAGUGGACCCGUGGGCCGCCACAGGCAGCUGGUGCUGGUGCUGGAGGGGGAGUUGUACCUCGUCCCGUUCGCCUUGCUCAAAGGCAGCUCCUCCAACGAGUACCUGUACGAAAGGUUCAGCCUCAUCUCGGUGCCUUCGUUAGGCAGCCUGGGAGCCGCCAUCAAGCCCCCCCCCGGCCGCGGGGGCCCCGCGCUGUGCUCGGACGGCGGCUCGGUGGCGGCGGUGGUCGGGGCUCCUCGCCUGCCCCCCUCGGUGAUGGACCGCUGGCUGUGGGGCCCGUUGCCCUCGGCCCAGGACGAGGCUCUGUGGCUGGGGGAGCAGCUGGGCUGCCGCCCCCUGACCGGCGCCGGCGCCACCAAGGAGCGCGUGCUGGCGGCGCUGGGCCAAGCCGAGUGCGUCCACUUCGCCACCCACGUGUCCUGGAAGCUCGCCGCCUUGGUGCUGGCCCCCGGCCCGGGGGAGGGGCCGGCGCGCGGCGGGUCGGCGUCUUCGUUGGGAGGGGCGGAGGACGGGAGCGAGGACGGGGAGGGCGCCUACGACAGUCCGCCGCUUCACGACUUCCUCCUCACGGCCGCCGACAUCCUGGACCUGAGCCUGGCCGUCAAGCUGGUGGUCCUAAGGUUGUACCCGGAGUCCAGCGGCAGGGCGACGGCCGACGGCGUGGUGGGUCUGACCCGGGCCUUCCUGGCUGCGGGGGCGCGGUGCGUGUGCGUGUCCCUGUGGGCCGUCCCCGUGGCGGCCUCCAAGCUCUUCACGCACGCCUUCUACUCGGCGCUCCUCGGCGGCACCAAAGCCAGCGCCGCCCUGACGGAGGCCAUGAAGGCGCUGCAGAGCAGCAAGCACUUCUCCCACCCGUCCAACUGGGCCGGCUACAUGCUGGUGGGGGCCGACGUGAAGCUCAACAGCCCCAUGUCUCUGGUGGCUCAGGCCCUCGCCGAGAUCCUGCAGCACCCGGAGAGAGCGAGGGACGCCCUGAGGGUGCUGCUGCACCUGGUGGAGAAAUCUCUGCAGCGCAUCCAGAGCGGCCAGAGCAACCCCAUGUACACGUCUCAGCAGAGCGUGGAGAACAAGGUCGGCGGCGUCCCCGGCUGGCAGGCGCUCCUCUCCGCGGUGGGCUUCCGGUUGGACUUCUCGGUGGGCGGCGCCGGGCCCCCCGCCGCGGUGUUCUUCCCCACCUCGGACCCCGGGGACCGGCUGCAGCAGUGCAGCACCACCCUGCAGGCUCUGCUGGGUCUGACCCCCCCGGCCCUGCAGGCCCUCUGUAAGCUGGUCACCGUGUCCGAGGCCGGGGAGCAGCUCAUCCACAAGCUCCACCAGGUGAUGGUGCAGCUGCAGCCGGGCGACCGCGAGCAGGACUUCUCUGUGGCCCCCGUCCAGGUGGCCAUUAGCGUGCAGCUCUGGAGGCUCCCGGGCUGCCACGAGUUCCUGGCGGCGCUCGGGUUCGACCUGUGCGAGGUGGGUCAGGAGGAGGUGCUGCUGAAGACGGGGAAGCAGGCCAGCCGGCGCGUGGUGCACUUCGCCCUGCAGGCGCUUCUGGCCCUCUUUGACUCCACGGAGCUCCCCAAGCGUCUGAGCAUGGAUAGCUCCUCCUCCCUGGAGUCCCUGUCCUCCUCCCAGUGCGCCUCCCAGCCCCACUCCUUGCCCCUCUCCUUUGGGGGCUACCCCCCCCAGCCCUCCUUCUUGCCCCCGGCGUGCCCGGACAACCUCUCCUGCGACGCCAUCUCCGUCUACAGCCUCAGCUCCCUCGCCUCCUCGCUCAGCUUCCUGUCGCGGCCCGAGCCCGCCGGGAGUGACGUCACCAGCCAGCGACCGAGAGGUCGACUGACCAAUCCCGGGGGGGGAGGAGGAGGAGGAGGAGGAGCAGGCGGGGAGGAGGAGUACGAGGGGUACUCCAUUAUAAGCAGUGAGCCGUUGGGGCGGGGGAGGAGGGACUGCGACACGCUGCCCCUGCCUGGGGGACACCGGACCGGGAGGGGCGGAGCCAGGAGGGGGUCCGCCGGGGGUCACGGGGGUCACGGGUACCCGCUCACCGUUUCCUCCAGGGGAAGCGUCAGCACGCCGACGUCGCCGAUUAAAGCGCCGCCGCCAAAGGUCCCCAACGGCUCCGGAACCGAGCAGGACGCCUGUCCCCCUCGGAGGACGGGGAAGGCGAGCAGCUCGGAGUCGGACCAGUCCAGCACGGAGACGGACAGCACGGUGAAGUCCCAGGAGGAGAGGACGGUGCCGGUGGGACAGCUGGACCCGCAGGAGCUGGCCCAGAAGAUUCUGGAGGAGACGCAGGGCCACAUGCAGGCGGUGGAGAGCCUGCAGAAGGCGGCGAGGGGGGCGGGGUCUCCGGCAAGCGGGGGAGCGCGAGGCUUUCAGCCGUCUGAGAGCAGCGCCUUCAGCCGGCCCCCCAGCAGAGCCGGCCUGAAGCCUCGCUCCCCCCCGGCCCCUCCCCCGACGCGUCCCAAACCCCCGUCCCGCUCCUCCUCGCUGCAGAUGCUGGCGGCCCGCCCCCCCCCCUCGCCGCCGCCGUCCCUCCAGCUCAGACCGAGGUAUCCCACCUCGCCGUACUCGGGCCACACCUCGCCGGCCCUCUCCUGCUCCUCGGGGGGGUCCGUCUCCGCCGCCUCCAGCCCCGCAGACACCCCCGAACCCGACCGCUCCAAGCGGGACCCCAAGAUCCAGGCCGUCCACGACUUGAAGCCCUUCUGGGCGGCACAGAAACACGAGCUGCCCGGCGCCGCCAGCCUGCUGCGGGGGGGCGGCGGUCAGAGGAUGACCACGGUGCAGAAGGACGUGCUGGGGCUGCUUCACCUCUCCCCGAGCAACGGGCCCGCGGCGCCGGACAGCGACCGGCCCAACGCUCGGCAAAAACCGGGGGCCAAAGCGCCGCCGCCUCCGCCGCCGAAAGGAGGCGUGAAGCUCCCCUCAGGGAACGGAUUCAAGUUCCUCUCCCCGGGACAUUUCUUCCCCUCCUCCAAAUGCUGAGGGUCCUCCUCGGGGGUUUGGUCCACUGACACCUUCUGGGUGACACCUGCUGAUUUAAAAGAACUUUAGUACUGGUUCGUACGGACUGGUUUUUGGUGAAGGGAUGUUUUGAAUGUGAUGACUGUGCCUUCGUUGUGGAGAGACGACGUGUUCCCAUGUCUCCCCGUGUCCUUGUCUCCACGUCUCCUUGUCCCCUUGUCUCGUCCUCGCCUGAGAGUGUUUCCUUCCUCCUAAAGGCUUUUUGUUUGUGAGAGUUCACCUGAAUUAGAUUUUGAUUUAUGGUUUAUUAAUUAUUGUUGAACGUCGCUGCGAUUGAUGUUUAUUUUGUAAAGUAAACUGUGUUUUUUCGGUCAUUACGACACAUUUUAUAUGAAGAUAAUUAAAGGAUGAUGAGGGGCAAACCUUUUGAUAUUUUUUAUGAAGAUUUGAUUUUCAUGUGUGAUUGUCAGCAUGGUACCAAAUAACUUUAUAAUGUACCAUUUUGCCAGACUCUUAUUUAGAAAAAUAUCUGAACACGUGGACAAAUAAAAAUAUUUGUUUCCUUC